GGUGGGUAAUGACGCAAUUUUUCAUGCGUUGAUACAUUGGCGAAAACGCACUAUAAUGCUCUAACGCAUUGAGUUAACGCAAUUGCGCCACGACAUAAUGUAUCGAGUAUCGAUAUUGCAUUGCCGAAUUGUGCGUCGCUAAUUUUUGUGGGUAUAUUGGCGCAUUUUCAAUUGUGUUUUCCGCGAACGUUUUUCAAGAAGAUUUUCAUUCAAUACGUUGAGUCUGUGUAACCGUGCUCUUUUGGAAGAGUUGCUUCAUCCGAACGUUGUUAUCUUUUGCCGAGUGCCUUACAACACACAUACAUAUUCAGUCACAAAGGUGAUUCUGCGUAAUUGGGCUCCUUUUGGAAGAGCUGCUUCAUCCGAACGUUAUCUUUUGCCUGGCGCCUUACAAACACAUACAUACAUAUUAAUUCACACUGAUUCAGCGUAUUAGUGCACAAAUGUAGGUGCUAAUUAAAAAAAAUAUCAAUUGAAGUAAAGGUAUUGUACAUACAUAUAUUGUUAACGUGUUUAAAAAAGCUCGUGAUAUGUCUAAAAAGAAAAGCACUGUAUGGCUUCAUUUCUCUGAAGAAAAAGAGAAGAAAGUGAAAUGCCUUUUUUGCGGCCAAGUGUUAUCGGUUUCCAACGGGUCGACAUGUGGACUUAUUCGCCAUUUAAACAAAAGACAUCCGACGCAAAUAAUUACAAGGCAGGGGUUACAAGAAUGUGAGAUAUCAGUGAGCAACGUAUCUGAUGAAAACAACUAUUCUGCGUCACAACCUGGAGCGCGAGAAUCGGUACAUGAUGCGAGGCCUUCAAAUACCUCCUCACGAGCUGGGACAAUUAGUCAGUACUUCGAGAGGCCACUUCCAAUGACAAAACAGCGCAAUAUCGACAACCAGUUGGUAAAAAUGGUGGUGAAAGAAUAUCAGCCUUUGUGUAUUGUGGAGGAUCCGGAGUUCAAAAGAUUUAUUAAUAUGUUAAAUCCGAACUACAAGCUUCCUACAAGGAAAACACUGUCCACAUCACUCAUUCCAGCGGCCUACAAGGAAACAUUGGAAGCGGUCAAAAAUCGUCUAAGUAAGGCCUUUGCAAUAUGUUUAACAGUUGAUGGAUGGACCUCCCGAGCACACGAUAGCUUCUUUAGCGUUACUGCGCACUAUAUAUCGGAAAGCAGCGAGCGAACUUUUUUGGCAUCAGAUCUGAUUACCUGUGUUUCAUAUGCUGACCGUCAUACAGGAGAAAACAUCAAAAAUAAGCUGCGUGAGAUAUGUGACGAGUGCGGAAUAGCAAAUAAAAUUGCGGUUAUAGUGACCGAUAACGCCGCAAAUAUGAAGGCUGCAGUACGUGAUGGUGGUUGGCGGCAUUGGGGCUGUUUCGCACACACUUUAAAUUUGAUUGCACAGGCAGGUUUAACAGAAAUUCAGGCGGUAUUAGAUAAGGUUAAAUCUAUAGUUCGUUUUUUUAAAAAAAGCUCCUAUGCAUACGCCAAGCUCAAAAAUACAUCAGAAAGCAUGCAGAUUCCCAUGUUAAAGUUAAUAAAUGAUGUUGUUACGCGGUGGAAUUCAACGUACGAAAUGUUGGAGCGAUUUUUAAAACUUAAAGAUGCUGUGAUUGCAACCUUAGCUUUAGUGAAGUCGUCUAUGCAGGUCAGAGACGAAUUUGUGAAGGGUAUUGCUCCUUUAAAUAACGAAGAGUGGCUGAUUGUAGCGGAAGUUGUAAAGGUAAUGGAAAUUUUUAAAUGCAUCACUACCUUAGUAAGUCAGGAGAAACAUGUUAGCGCUUCUUCUAUAAUGCUUUAUGUAAAACAGCUAAAAAAACAUUUGCAAUCUUUUGCCAUUAAAGAACUGGCUUGCUCAGUACAAAAGAUGGUCCAGAAGCUAGUUCAUGAACUAAAUGAUAGAUUUAAGGAUAUUGAAACAAAUGAGCUAAUAACACAGGCAACAAUUUUAGAUCCUCGUUUAAAAAAAUUUGGCUUCAUAAAUGAACUCUCUUACAAAAGUGCUGUAGACAAAUUGUAUUCAAAAGUAGCAAACAUUACCAUUGCAAACCAGGAGAUUGAAAUUGUUGAGGCAAAUGAAAGUCAGUAGGUUCAAUGUAGCAAUGUUGAAGAAAAAUUUGAUUUAGUUUGGAAGGAUUUUGACAAUCAAUUUCAACAAUUUACACGGCCACAAAGCCAAUUAGCAAGUGCCAUAAUAGAAUUAGAUAAAUAUUUGGCUGAACCGAUUCUGCCAAGAGAAGACAGCCAAGGCAAACCACAAGAUCCUCUCAGUUGGUGGAAUCAACGUAAACAUAUCUAUCCUAAAUUAUACCAGUUAGUUAAAAGGAGGUUAUGCAUUUCGGCGACAUCCGUUCCAUGCGAACGCAUUUCUUCCCAUGCCGGACAAAUAGUGACAGAAAAGCGAGAAAAUUUAGAUGCUUCAAAAAUAUCACAAGUCGUAUUUUUGAACUACAAUUUAAAAUGAACUGAUGUUUAAUCUUUUCUGUAAGAUGUACUUAA